AUGGGCUGCAGUAUUUCUAACAGGGUCGCUGUCACACAGCUGUCUUCUGAGGAGCUGCAGAACAACCAGGAAGCCAAAAGCCAGACUAAAAAUGACAGCACUGCUGGAACAGAGGCUGUCCCCUCACAGGAUGGGGCAGCUUGGCCAACGAGCACUUCAAAGGAUGGAGCCAAACUUGCAGAUGAGACCAGUGAGGGAGACAACCCUGAGGAACUACCAGAAAGAUUUACAUCAUCUCAGAAAAGCAGCAAUGCACAAAGCACAGACGCACUGCUCACCAGCAAGUUCAUCAGUAAAUCAUGGCCCUUACAGGAAACAGAGAGGCAAAAAUCAUCAGACAUUCUUGAGGAGCUGAGGAUGCAGGGCAUAAUCAAGAGCCAAAGUACCACUGCCAGGACUGGAGAAGUGUAUGAAAACAAGAGAGAUGCCCUGGAAAAGACACUGAAGAAACCACCAGCUAGACUGGAAAAAAUUCAAUUUGGAAACAAGGAAGCAGGUGAUUUUACAGUGAAGGACAUGAAGACUUCUGCUGAAGCAAAAAAACAGGUUAGGGAAGAGGAACUGAACAAAAUACCACAACGUCCAGCAACUGUCCACCAAACUACAGGGAAACAGACUGAAAAGGACUGCCCAAGUUUUGAAAGUCAAGGAGGUACAGACAGCCCACCUUUAGAUGGUGAGCCAGGAGUACUGCUGAAGGAAAUAACUGCAGUAGAAGCCACAACCAGUAACACCGAGGACUGUCUGAGUCCAAUAACUUACAACUACAUCAAUGAAACAAUCUGGAUCUAA